CGCGAACCAGUUCAUUCCUGACUUUCGAACGGUUUGGGCGCACUUUCGGCAUCCGGGGAGAAUUAUCUGUUGCUGGAACCGGGAUAUGGAUUUUGAUCUUCCCCUGGUGGUUGAUGUUGAAAUCUCUUGUAUUUCAAAGGUGAACUGAAAGGGGCGGUUGCUUGGAUUCGUGGAUUUUCGAGUUGGUUCCGAAGUGAUCUAGUGUGCGCUGACUGGCUUCGUUUGUGCGCUGAAGUGAGAGAUUUUGUUUAGGAAUUUGCAAGUGCGAACAAAUAAGUGGAAUAGCCGCCAAACUCAAAAGUCUCGUACUUCGCGAUAGUCAAACUUUGAUGUGAAAUGUCUCUAAUAUUUAUCUAUAUCUAAAAUUUUUAAUCUGAAAUCUGAAACAAUUUUGUAAGCGUUCUAUCAAAGUGGAAUGGAGCAAAAUCAUUUUCAACCACCCCCAACCAAAUUGCAAUUUAAUGUUUGUAAUAGAAGUAGUCCAAAGUGAGUGAAAUACUGCAUCUGAGAAAAACAGAGGAAAACAAGUUUCUCUAUUCCGCCACCAACAGUGUAAUGCAACUGUAAUGUGAAAGUCGUAACGACUCCACCAAGUGUUUGUAUACCUAUUUAGGUCCAAGUGCAGUGCGGCGCGUUGUGUAUUUCCCGACAAUUUCUAAACAUUGAGAAAGAAGAAAAAUCUAUUCAGAUUAAAAGUUCCGACCUGCGGCCAGCAACAAACUGUGGACCUCAAACUCUACUCAACUCACCAUCCGUCGACGGCACCAGAGCUCGGGUACAAAGGAGAGAAGCUGAACCCGGGGAGAAAAAGUUCAUUAAGCAACACCGACAACUCCGAAAAGAGCUUCUCUGCUGAAAUGGCACAUCAUUAAUAUCCGAUGAGUAGCACGAGUGGAAAAUGGUGAAGCAUAAGACAUUCUUUUGCUUCCGACUAUCGAGCAUAUUCCCGCCGUUCCGUCCCAGCUGGCCGCCGACAAAUCAGGUCUUCAGCAGAAAUGCAGUCCAACGAAAGUCCAUGCUGCUGUUGCUGAUUGUGCUAAUCUACUGCAAUAAGUUCACUAAUGGCAACUGGUGGCGAGUGGCGGACCUGUCGCUUGAUGUAAAACACUUCCACCGGGACUCCAACCGGACGUAUGAAUUCUACAACGAGAACACGUUUUUCACCCAACAUCAAAGGGAAAUCUGCUACAACAACCCGGAACUGCUGAAGGUUAUUGUGAAUGCAGCAAACAUCGCCAAAUAUGAGUGUCAAGGUUACUUCCAGAACAGCAGGUGGAAUUGUUCUGUCCGACGUGGUUCCGAAAUUUUCUACGGAAAUUUCGAUGAUAAAGGAAAUCGUGAAACUGCGUAUCUUAGCGCAAUAAACUCAGCGUCGUUGGCUUGGACCAUAACGCGAUACUGCACCAAGGGAGAGCUGACCAUGUGCACCUGUGACCACAUUCAGCGGAAGAAGCACAGCAAAUGGACCUGGGGUGGAUGUUCGGAGGACGUCAACUACGGUAUCAAGCAGGCUCGACAGUUUGUCGAUCAUCAGGAGGAUCGCUCCACGAGCUUUGGGUUGAUGAAUCUCCACAACAAUGAAGCAGCUCGAAGAACGCUGCGAGCUAAAAUGCAAAAAGUGUGCAAAUGCCACGGGAUGUCCGGAUCCUGUACGACCCGUGUCUGCUGGCGUCGAUUACCGCCGAUGAAAUUGAUGGCCGAUACUCUCGGUUCGAUGUUUGAUGCUGCCGCUCUAGUCAAACCUGUUGAAAACAAAGGUGUCAUCAAAAAAUUGAAGCGGAAGGAUUCUCAGUACAAGAAAGUGAACAAGUCCGAUCUCGUGUAUAUCGCAGAUUCGCCCGAUUACUGUGAGGAAAAUGAAAGCCUCGGCAUAUUUGGCACACGAGGACGAUUCUGCAAUCGCACAUCGUACGGCAUCGAGGGUUGCCGGUUGCUGUGCUGUGGCCGCGGGUAUCAGACGCGGAUCCGGAACGUCGAAGAAAAGUGCAACUGCAAGUUCGUCUGGUGCUGUUCGGUCAAGUGCGACACGUGCAAUGUACGCAAGGACGAAUACAUCUGCAACUGAACCACGAGUCCAAUCGGCCAAAAUAAAUUGAUCAGUGUAAAUUAUUGCCAUUUCGCGACUAGAGUAGUUUUCCGCGCAAAAGCCAUUUCUGCACAAAACUGAUGAUGCCAUUUUGUCUCGAACUUUUGUAUAUUUAUGGAUCUAAAAAAAUCUUACUCUGAUAUAUCAUAAUACUUAUUUAUGUAAGUCACUUUUGAAGCAUUCUCAAUGGAUUCAACAUGUAAAUGUGACGUACCGAAUCAAAAAAAUGAAACGAAUUUGCAUCUAUGCUUGUUGUAAUUCGCUUUUGUAGUAUUAAGCGAAACGAAACACACAAACAAAAAUAUUAACAACGACAGUCUCUAAGUGUUUCCAGUAUUUUUAUAACCAUAUUAAGGUGUAAGAAAAUAUUUGCAUUCUGUGAUUUAUUUUUGUUUUGUAGUAUUGAUUUUAUUUAACAACCCAGUGAAAGGUUUUAACCUAUAAGUUUAGCUCGUAAGAUUAGCAACUAAGCCAACCAGACCGGUAAACGAAUAUUGAGGAGUCUUUCCUCUCAGCCAAAAACAAAAAACAGAUCACCCAGGUGGGAAAUAAGUUUUCCCCUUCCCGAAAACGUUGUGUCAAAAACUUUUCUCUCGUAAAAUGAUCCCAAAAAAAAAUUUAGCAUUUAGUCACCCAGCAUGUAAAAAAAAAACAACAGCUAAUCGACGUAAAGCACACAGAAAUUGUAAAAGCACAAAAAUAUACCUACACGUGGAACCAUUGAAUAAAUAAAAAGAAUCGAAAUAAAGCCGACCGCCCUGUACUCGUGCAUACACAGAA